CUUAUCCAAGUGUGAAGAAUCUUCAGUGAUUUAGAAUUGUUUUAACUUAAUCACGGUCUUGGUUCGUUUGAUCAAAACGUUUUCAGGUUUUAUGGAAUCAGAAGAUGAUGGAAACAAAAAGCUUUCAGAAGAUCAGUUAUUAUUAGACGGAGAAGAAACAGGAAGUGUAAUCAUUCACUCAGAAACACAUUCAAGAUCUUCAUCUUCUUCUUCAUCUUCUUCAUCGUCGUCUUCGUCUUCUUCAUAUUCAUCGCCACCAAAACAUCUACCAGAAGAUGAUGGCAAAGAAUCAUCACCGUCCAAUAAUCCAGAGGUUUCUCCAACAGAUUCACCUCCUGUUCAAGUAAUGGACAGGGACGAUAACAACGUAGACCAAGGACUAAACUAUGACCCGAACAGGAUCCCAUCUUCGGUUUUCGAGAGAAGCAAAUCGAAUAUACCAGCUGAAUGGAGCUGCACUUCCAACGAAUCUCUCUUCAGUAUUCAUCUAGGACGCAACAGCUUCACUGUUGAUUAUAUGAAAUCAGGUGAGCUCUACAAAUCAGGAGAGUUACUAGCUUACAGUCCUGGACUUCCUAUGCCUCCUAUACCAGGAUCAGAAUCAAAACCCCACGUCGAAGAAUACAUUGUUGUUGAUUCAGAUAAGGAGGAUGAGGAGGGAGUUUUACUUGGAGAAGAGACGACUCAUGAAGAGGAAGAAGAUGAGAGAGAUAGCCAUGAGAAAGAACAACAUCCUGCUGUUUCUUGGAAAACUCCUACAACUUCAUACCGUUCUAAUCGAAGCUCAAACAGCGCGCAUUCCUUCUCUUUCCCAAUCUUGGCGGGAGCUGCAAGUGAAUCAGCAAAUGCAGAAACAGAGGAACAUAAGAAAAAAGCAAAGCAAUCACAAGACACACAACAAACACCAGAUGUAGCAAACCAGAAGCAGUCAAUGUGUAGGUGGUUCUCAUGUUUUCCUCCAUGUCCUUGGUGUUGUUCUUCACGUUCUUCAUGUUCUUGUUCUUGA